UGUGCUUUUCUAAAGCGACCCGAGCGGAUCCUGAAGUUUGGACAUGAUAGAAGUCGCUAGCUACUUUCCGAAUAUAAUUUUAAACGCCGAAAGGGCUUAACAAAAUAACGAGACUCCAGUCCUAGAAAUAAAUAUCUUUCCUAGCCAACAAGGGUUUUUAUAUUUUUCAUACGCCUACUUUCAAUUUAGUCUACAUGUAGCGCUCUCUUUGAUUGUUUGGGGGAAAACCGGGUCAGUGCACCGUAGCUAGCUAGCAAGCCAGCUAAAAUACUUUACCUUUUAUUUUUCUCUCACACUCCGCGGUAAUUUGCAUCAGCUUUUUGUGACUACGCCCGCGACAUGUCGGACACAUGGAGCAACAUCCAGGCGCACAAGAAGCAGCUGGACUCUCUUCGAGAGCGGCUGCAGCGGCGCCGCAAGGAUCCCACGCAGCUCGGCACAGAGGUGGGGGCUGUUGAGUCUACACGCAGUGACAGUCCUGGCCCAGCCCUUCAGAGCCCCCCCCAGGCAGAUGCCCCCCCAGACCCAGAACUGGAGAGGAGGCUUCUGGGAUAUCUGUCAGAGCUGAGCCUCUCCCUCCCCACAGACUCUCUCACCAUCAGCAGUCAGCUCAGCAGCGUGGAGUCUCCAGUCUCUCAUGACUGCAUUCAGUCUCUGCUGCUCAAAUUCUCUGCACAGGAGUUGAUCGAGGUGCGGCAGCCGUCUGUGACCACGCCCUCCUCCACGCUCGUCACCUCCGUCGACCACACAAAACUGUGGGCCAUGAUUGGGGGCGGGGCUCCGGCACACAGAACUGGCGUCAAGAGGAAAGGGGAGGACCAAUCACAUCACAAACGGGUUCCUGGCUCCUCCCCCUCCCUUCCUGCUCCACCCUCGCCCCCAGCGCCCUCCUCCAUCUCUCUGGCUCCUCCCUCCUCCCAGCUGGUCGGGCCCUCUGAUUGGAAGGUUGGCGGAGGGGGCGGAGCAGAUAAAAAAGGCAGGGCCAGUAAGGGCCAGACCUCACACCUGGACAUGGAGAUUGAGAGCCUCCUGAACCAGCAGUCUACUAAAGAGCAGCAGAGCAAGAAGGUGAGCAGGGAGAUCCUGGAGCUGUUGAACACCAGUUCGGCGAAGGAGCAGUCCAUCGUGGAGAAGUUCCGGUCCCGUGGGCGCGCCCAGGUCCAGGAAUUCUGCGACCACGGGACCAAGGAGGAGUGUGUGCGGUCAGGGGACACGCCCCAGCCCUGCACCAAGCUGCACUUCCGGCGGAUCAUUAACAAGCACACGGACGAGAGUUUGGGCGACUGCUCCUUCCUCAACACCUGCUUCCACAUGGACACCUGCAAGUACGUGCACUACGAGAUCGACUGCCCCCCCGAGGCCGAGGGGGGGCCCCUGGGCCCCGCUGCGGGGGCCACGGAGCUGGGCCUGCACGGGGCCGAUGCAGACAGCACCGUAGGCAAGCUGUUCCCCUCUCAGUGGAUCUGCUGUGACAUCCGCUACCUGGACGUGUCGAUCCUGGGGAAGUUUGCGGUGGUGAUGGCCGACCCGCCCUGGGACAUCCACAUGGAGCUGCCCUACGGCACCCUGACGGACGACGAGAUGAGGAAGCUCAACAUCCCCAUCCUGCAGGACGACGGCUUCCUGUUCCUCUGGGUCACCGGCAGGGCGAUGGAGCUGGGCCGUGAGUGUCUCAAUCUGUGGGGGUAUGAGCGGGUGGAUGAGAUCAUCUGGGUGAAGACCAAUCAGCUGCAGAGAAUAAUCCGCACUGGGAGGACUGGCCACUGGCUCAAUCACGGCAAGGAGCACUGCCUGGUGGGGGUUAAAGGGAACCCGCAGGGCUUCAACAGAGGGCUGGACUGUGAUGUCAUUGUGGCAGAGGUGCGCUCCACCAGCCAUAAGCCUGAUGAGAUCUACGGGAUGAUCGAGCGUCUCUCUCCCGGCACCCGCAAGAUCGAGCUCUUCGGCCGACCCCACAAUGUGCAGCCCAACUGGGUGACUCUGGGUAAUCAGUUAGACGGGAUUCACCUGUUGGAUCCAGAUGUUGUCGCUCGGUUCAGGAAACGGUAUCCCGACGGAGUAAUCUCCAAACCCAAAAACAUGUAGCCCCGCCCCUUAUCUCCUCUCCAACCCAAAAACCGUGUAGCGCCUCCCCCUGCCUGUGGGCCGGUCUGUCAGUGGACAGGAUGAAAAUGUUUGUGUUUUGUACCCAGCUGCGAGCUUAUUUUUAAUAAAAGGUUGCCAUGCCAACGUACAA